CAUCAACACACACAAAAAAAACGAAACUUUGAUUUUGGUUCUUUAAUCUCUAGAUUCUCUUCUGAAGAGCUUUCGUAUUAUAUUAUUUUUUGGGGGCAUGCGUCUGAGCUUCGAUCUACGUUAGUUUAUAGUACGAAGGUUUUGUAGUGGACUGUCUGUUUCGUAUCUUCCCAUCAGAUCUGAGGAAGGUCAUGUUUUUGUUCGAUUGGUUCUAUGGAAUCUUGGCCUCGUUAGGUUUGUGGCAGAAGGAGGCGAAGAUCUUGUUUCUAGGCCUUGACAAUGCCGGCAAAACUACUUUGCUCCAUAUGCUCAAAGACGAGAGAUUAGUUCAGCACCAGCCUACACAGCAUCCCACCUCUGAGGAACUCAGCAUUGGCAAAAUUAAGUUCAAGGCCUUUGACUUGGGAGGCCAUCAGAUUGCUCGGUGGCUUGCUUAUGUUUAACCCAAAUUUUGAUUGAUGCAAGAUAGGUUUUUGCUGUGUGUGAAGGUUGAUGCUGUUGUGUACCUAGUGGAUGCUUUUGACAAUAAUCGAUUUGUGGAGUCGAAAAGCGAGCUAGACGCUCUUCUAUCUGAUGAAGCCUUAGCAACUGUGCCCUUUCUUAUUCUUGGGAACAAGAUUGAUAUUCCUUAUGCAGCCUCAGAAGACGAACUCAAGUAUCACUUGGGUCUCACUAAUUUCACUACCGGUAAAGGCAAUGUGACUCUUGGAGACUCUGGUAUUCGUCCCCUUGAGGUCUUCAUGUGCAGCAUCGUCCGCAAAAUGGGAUAUGGUGAGGGUUUUAAAUGGAUAUCCCAGUAUAUCAAGUAAGCAUUAAACCAGACAGCAUUAGCCACCUUGAGGUAUUCGUCCCCUUGAGGUCUUCACGGUUUAUGAUUCAGACAUCUUAUCUUUUUCUAUUUGAAAAGACGUAAACUCUCUCUAUUGUAGUUUUCUCCAAGUUUUAAUGUUAAGUCGAUGCCUUAAACAGA